AAAAGUAAUCCGAUCCAAGUAGGCGAAGGCGUAACCAUGUCGGCCGAAGUGAGUGAACCCAUUAAAAAGUGUUCGCUGAUCCUGAAGAAUGCAAAGAGUGACACGGAAAAGUUUGCCGCCCUAUUCAUGGUGACGAAACUGAUCAAAGGCAAAGACUGCAACCAGGCCGGCAAACGGUUGCUGUUCGAAUCGAUCGGUUUCGACUUUCUGCGCAAGCUGCUCACUAGCAAGGAUGUGCCGGAUGAUUGUCCCGCCUCGGUUUACCAGAGUGUCGCCCUUUCGAUUCUUACCUGCUUCUGCGAGGAUGAGCAGCUCGCCACGCACCAAGACAUGCUCGAUAGCAUCCCGGUGUUUCUGGGCAUAGUGUCGACGUGCGAUGACGACGAGUACGACGACAAUCUGAUCGUCAUCAACGAAGCGUACCACUGUCUGCAGAGCAUCUCACUGUACGAAAGUGGCCGGAUGGCUCUGCGCCGCCAUGAUGUCAUUACGAAGAUGGCGCAGAUUUACACCCAGCGCAGUUUUCAGAUCGACGAAGCGCUGACGCUGAUCGUAACCUUGGUGUCUCGCUUUGGGGCCAACUCGUGGGACAGCGAUCCGAAGCUGUUCCAUGCGCUGUUGCAGCGCGUUUCGUUGGACUUCGAGACGGAUCAUGCUGAGCGCAAGUUCGAGCUGGCGGAAAUGAUAAGCGCACUGCUGUUCCACUGUCGUCGCGAUCUAGUGUCACGCUCGGUGCAGGGUGAAAUCUGGCCCGAAUGCUUGUACAAGGGCAUUAGCGAUAUUUUGAAGAGUAAAAUCGGCAAAGCACAGCGCGAUCCAGCCCUGAAGCUGGCAGCGAAUGCAGUUGAUGUGCUUGGUAUCGAGUGGACGCUGCACGAUGUGGAAAAUCCAAAGAAAUUCUUCCUUCUCCUACUGCAACUGGCCGCGAUCGAGGUGCGCAUGCAGAUGGAUAAUAAAAGCUUUAACCAAUGCGUUCAGCAGGCUGAUCUGAUCACCGCCUGCUUCAUCAUCCUCGAGCUGUCGAUCAAUUACAUGUCGACGGAUCAGCUCGAUCUCGAUCAAAAGGAUAAGCAGCAGGUGUAUACCGGGCUCAAGGGUGCGUUCUCGGCUGUGCUGGGCGUGCUGGUAAAGCUGGCGAAUGACACCAAGAAGGAUCGACUGCAGAAAGCAGAGAAAGCGUUCGCAUACGCGAUGGUACGCGUUCUUACUGCCUGGCUGGCGCAGGAAACCACGGCCAUGAAGAAUCAGGUCUCGAAGGUACUACCGUUCCUGUUUAAGUUGGCUAAUGAAUCAUUUUACGAAUCACGCGACUACCGUAUCGCACACAAGGCCGACAACGUGGAUGAUCACGAGCAGCAGCCACCGGCCGACAUUUUGCGCGUCAUGUUGCCCGCCAUCUGCCAUCUGGUGGUGGAGGAGGAAGCACGCCAGAUCUUCCUGAAGGAGAAAGAGGAGCAGGUGCUGUACGAUUGUCUGCUGUUCCAUUGGUCGAUUGCACACUACAAAAAACCGCCCGUACCGCGUGCCGAACGUCUUAAGCGCAUGAAUGAACCGGAUCCCGAAAUGACGCCCCAACAGCUAGACGACAUGAAGGACUCGCGGACGGCAAUCGUCAGUCUGUGCAAUAUUCUGAUGAACAUUACCGUGCUGGAGGCCAAGCUAGUUGAGGAGAGCACACUGUUCGCACAGCUGUUGCGGUUCAUCUUCGAAAACUUGCCCGAACUGAAGGACAUCCCGGACAAUCUGGUGAUGCACGGUCAUUUGGCCGUGCUUGGGCUGUUGCUGCUGAAGCAGCAAGCAACCAAGAUCAAGAAGAACGAUUUCUCCAUCUGCCGGUACAUCCAGACCACGAUCCGGUUCCUGUGGGAUGCGUACAACAUUGACGAAUCGAACGAUCCGCAAGCGUUGGUCGUAUCGCUGCAGUACAAGGAGCACUGGUUCGAGAUCAUGGAGCUGUGGUUCCUCGGCAUGCAGACAAUGAGCGGCAUCAUCAAGCUGAUUCCUUGGAUCUCUGAGUUUGCGAUCGAGAGUGGUUGGGCCGAGGGCAUUGUGGAGACGCUGCGCAAAGUGAAGAUUGGCACGUUGCCGCCGAACGUGAAGCUGGCGUACGAAGACUUCUUGUCGCAGCUCGUCGACGCUAAUCCGGCCGUAGCACCGGUGCUGAAAAAAGCGGACGCGCUCAAAGUGUGUCGCAAUCAUCGAAUGAUGGAUCUAGGCAAGAAACUCUUUGGAGACUAG